CGAGCCACGGUGGCCGCGCAGAGGCGGAGCCGCCCCGCAGGGCCGGCGCGGAAGGGGUUUGUGCCGGCGGCGGGCGAGUGGCGGUGUGGCGACACGUGCGUGCGCUGGGACCCGGAUGGCGCGGCCGCCGGGGCCGCCGGGCCGGCCGCCCACGGCGGUGAUCGCGGAGAAGCUGCGGGAGGCGCUGGGGCCGGGGCGGCGGGAGGCGGCGGCGGAGCUGGGCCGGCCGCUGGCCGCCGCCGCCCGCUCCGUGCUGCAGCAGCGCAUCGAGUUCCUGCCCGCCCGCCGCGGCCUGGCCGGGCAGCUGGAGCACCUGCGGGACAAGUACGAGCACAUCGGGGCUGAGGCCCUCGGCCGCUCUCUGGGCAUCGCCGGCAGCCUUCCGGAGCGGCCGCAGAACCCCCGGGGACACAGCCGUGCCCUGCCGAGCGCCGCGGGUGACGGCAUCCCCGAGCCGCAGAAGGUGCUCUUCCCAGCCCAGAAGCUCUCCAUGAAGUGGGAGCGGGUUCACCGUGUGGGCGCCGGGCUGAGUAACCUGGGGAACACCUGCUUCCUGAACUCGGCUCUGCAGUGCCUGACCUACACGCCGCCACUCACCAACUACCUGCUGUCCCGGGAGCACGGACGCACCUGUGAGUGGGGUCCCGGCUCGGGGACCGGGAGGGAGGAGCAGCCUCUGCCUGUCCUGCUCACAGUGCUGUGCUCGGCACCUCUGCCUGGCUCUGGUGCCCACGGAAGCUUCUGCAUGAUGUGCACUAUGCAGAACCACACGAUACAGGCUUUUGCCAACAGCGGCAAUGCAAUAAAGCCACUCUCCAUCAUCCGAGACCUCAAGAAGAUUUCCCAUAACUUGCGCUUCGGCAGGCAGGAGGAUGCACACGAGUUCCUGCGUUACACCAUCGAUGCCAUGCAGAAGGCCUGUCUGAAUGGCUACACCAAGUUGGAUCGCCAGACCCAGGCCACAACUCUGGUUCACCAGAUCUUCGGUGGUUACCUGCGGUCCCGUGUGAAAUGUUUGGAGUGCAAGACUGUCUCGGAUACCUACGACCCUUACUUGGAUGUGACACUGGAGGUCGAGCGAGCUGCAAACAUCGUGCGUGCCUUGGAGCUGUUUGUGAAGCCAGAGCAGCUGGGUGGGGACAAUGCCUACAGGUGCAGCAUGUGCAGGAAGAAAGUGUCAGCCAGCAAACGUUUCACCAUCCACCGAGCCUCCAACGUUCUCACCAUUUCACUGAAACGCUUUGGCAGCUGCAGCUCUUCAGGUGGAAGGAAAAUCACCAAGGACGUGGGAUACCCUGAGUUCUUGGACAUCCGCCCUUACAUGUCUGAGCCCAAGGGCGAUCCCAUCACAUAUGGACUUUAUGCAGUGCUGGUGCACUCUGGGUACAGCUGCAAUGCAGGGCACUACUUCUGCUAUGUGAAGGCCAGCAAUGGGCAGUGGUAUCGAAUGAACGAUCAUGAGGUCCAUCCCAGCAACAUCAAGGUGGUUCUCAACCAGCAGGCCUAUGUGCUGUUCUACCUGAGGUUGUGCAGCCCCAGGAGGAGCUCAGCAGGGCCCAUGGCCGCAGCUGCCUCCAGCCCACACAUCAGCAGUGAGUCCAAGCAAACGAAGAGGACAGAGAUGAAUGGGACCCUGUCUGUGCCAUCCAUGGGCCUGAAACAAGACAAGCUGCUGGGAAAGGGGCUGCCAGGCCCAGGUGAUGUUGGAGUCCCUGUCGCCCGCAGCUCUCCUGGGAUGGGGUCAAAACUGACAAAUGGAAUUGCUCUAUCAAAGCUACCCUCUCAGACCCCAUCAUCCAAACUGCCCCACAAAGCCACCCACGAGGCCACACCACUGGGCUGUGACACAGUCCAGAGGCCCAAGAAGACACCUGGCAUGCCCAGAGCAGGCUUCCAUGUCACCAGCACCAUGUCACCUGCCAAAGCAGGGCCGCCCCCACGGGACUCAGAGAGUGAGAAGACACCUACCUCAUCCAAGCUGCCCAAGUCCAGUCACGAGCCCAGUGGCUGUGGGGCCAUGGCCAGGACCCUGAAGAAGGAUUCCCAGGGCAGCACAGUAGGGCAGCUGGCCAAGGAGACCCACAAAGCCAAGAGCAGUUCCAGCAGCUUCUGCACCCCUCAGGGAAGGGACUGUAGCACCCACCUCCCCGCUGGCCCUGGCAGCAAGCCUGCUGUCCCUAAAGACUCUGCCCCCAAAAGCUGUGGGACUGCUGCUGUGAAACCCUCCCCGCUGGGCAGUGCUGCGCUGGAGCGGGGCAGCGCCACGGCACCGCUGCUGGCCAAGAAGCCAAUGCUCUCAGCCAAAAAGGGCAAACCUUCUCAGAAGGUGAGUGUGAGUGCCCACCAAGCACAGUCCCAGCACUCAGCCACCACCCAUCCUGACUGCACUCCUAGACCUCUGGGCAAGUCCAGCAGGGAGACGGGAUCUGGCCAGGUAGAACCAGAGGGUUCCUUCAAAAAGAAGCGUCGGAAGAGGAAGCAUCGCAGCACAGACAGAAGCCCUUGUGCUGUGGCUGUGAAGGACAUGGAUGAAGUCUCCAGUCCUCCCAAGAAGGAGAGAAUUGUUUCUCCAGAGGGCUUCAAGGACAAAGACUCCAAGCCCCCCAUAAAGGAGAGCACUGGCUCUCAGAAGGAUUUAAUUGAUAAAGACUCCAAGCCCCCCAGGAAGAAAAUUCUCUCUCAAGGGGACUUCAUGUCUGUCGUGGGGAAGGAGGUGGCAGAUAAUGGUCUCAGUCAUGGUCUGGUCUGUCAGGACAUGAAGAGUGGGCCCAAGCAACAUGUGCCAGAGCCCCAUAUUGACUUGGGCAUGGAGCCAACCUUCCCCCUCAAGAGGAAGAAGAAGAAAAAGAAGAAUAGGAGCAAAGACAAGCCUUUGAAGAAGACAGAAGAGUGCAGCUCUGGGACGCUGUCUUCAGACAGCUCCAGGACAACUGAGCCAGAGCCCUGUAAGACACAUCAGAGCGUGGAGGCUGGAGAGCACAAGCACCGCAAACGCAAGUGGAUGGAAAGCCUCAGCAGCCUGGCUGCCAGCGCUGGCCCAGCCACCACCACCAGCACCCCAGUGGCAGCACAUCCCAGUGACAACCAGACUGGGGAUGAGAGGCGUUCCCUGGCUGUCCUGAGCCCUGUGGCCAGCAACUGGGCUGGCACAGCCCCCGAGGGCCAGGAGUCCAGCGUGCUGGACAAACUGCUCCAGAAUUCCUUGGACAAGGCUUAUGGCAAACAAGUCUUGACCUGGCAGGGUGAGAUCUCAGCUGUGAGCCAGGAUGCCAUUCGGGACACAGCACUGGCCCAAAGCAAGACCGUCAUUGAUGAGUGGGACCAGGAGUUUGACAAAGGAAAGGUAAAGAAAAUGAAGAAGAUGAAGCAGGAGCGGAGGAGAGACUCAAAUCCCUUCCAGAAGUUGCAGAACAAGCGCAACUUCUGGUUGAUGUCACAUCCUGCCAAGAUGGCCAGCCUGGGCCACCGGCUCUCAGGUUGAGAUCUGCAUCCCUGACUGCUCAGGGAGCAGUCCCAGGUCAAGGACUGAGGGCAGCACUGUCCUGGGAGCUGUUGGUGGACCACGCUCAGAGGGGAGAGAAUACAGCCGCAGCCCUGGGGUUGUGCCUUUUCCUUCGGGGAGCUGCUUUUCCAGCUGCAGAGGAGCCUGCCCACUCUGCCUUGCCUCCAGCCUGCCUCGGCCGGGCUCCUCAUCAGCUUCUCCGUGCCUCUUCCCCUCCUUCCCCCAGCCCGCACCUGCGGCGGCUCCUGGCAAGUGCCUCAAGCCCGUUCCUGUUGCUCCGUGCUGCCGUGCCCCCCCCCCCGUCCCAGCGUUACCGACCCUCGCCCUCCCCUUCUCCUCUCACUUCAUGGCCCCCAUCCACGAGCUGCAUUGAAAGCGGCCCCCGCCCGGCCCCGCGCUGGCGCGGGGGACACCGGGGGCAUCCGUGCGGGACCGGAGCGCUGCCCCCGGGGCUACGGGCACUGAAGGAUGGAAUGGAAUAAAUCCCGGUCUUUAUCUCU